AUGACAAAAAACAAACCGUGGAUAACUAAAGAAUUUAAACAAAUGUUAAAAAGGAAGAAAAUGUUAUAUAAAAAAUAUCUAAAGUACACAUCGUCAGACAACUUUAGAGCACUCAAAUCAUGCAGCAAAUUAUGCAACAAGAUCAAGUGCCAGUUGAAAAGACAAUAUUAUUUUAAUCUUCUACAACAAAGCAAUGGCGACAGCAUGAAAACAUGGUCAAUCAUCAAUUCUUUAACGAAACGAAAUAACAAAAAAACAUCAACAAUUCAAUUAACUUUAAAUGAUGAUCCAAUUGAUAAUCCUGAAACUAUCCUCAAUAAUUAUUUCAUCAAUCUGGCCUCAGAUAUGCAGCAAUCAUUUGUAGAAGACACAAGAUGGAAAAAUUAUCUUCAAAAUGGAAGUUUGUUGAAUAAAUUUGAUGACAUUUAUGAUUUCUUGCGAGAUUUGAAUUUUGAGAUUGAUGUUCUCGCAAUUUCUGAAAAUUGGCUCAAUGACAGCAACGAAAAUUUGAUUGACAUUAACGGAUAUGUCUUUAAAGGUAAGCACCGAAGAAUAAAACACGGUGGAAGAGUCGGCUUUUACAUAAAAAACAAUUUGGAUUACAAAAUCCGAGACGACAUAACAAGUAAAAAAAAUGAAUUCGAAUUUUUCGUUCUAGAAAUAAUAAACAGACCUAUCACAAAAAAUGUUUUAAUCAUUGUGACAUACCGACCACCAACUUAUGAUGUCAAUUCGUUCAUCGAAUGUUUAGAUGAUAUUUUGCUGGUUGCAAAUCAUGAAAACAAAUUAAUAAUAGUUGCAGGUGAUUUCAACAUUGACCUGUCAGAAAGUAACAACAACAACAAGAAGUUCAAUUUUUUGCAACUUAUGAACAGCUACAGUUUACAACAAACAAUAACAAUUCCGACAAGAGUAGAAUGCAAUCGACAAUCUAUUAUUGACAACAUCUUCACAAACAUUCCUGAAAACAUCUUGGUUUCCGGCGUUAUUUCUCACUGUCUUUCCGACCACCAGCCAGUUUUUUCAUCAAUCAAUCUUUCAAAAAAAAUGUUUAUGUUUCCUGAAAAAAGAAAUGCUCCAUCAGUAAAAUUUUCUUAUUCAACAAACAGAAUCAACAAUCUAAAUCAACGUCUCAGUCAGGUGAACUGGCAAGUCGUAUAUGAGAGCGCAAAUAUUGAAGAGGCAUUCCAAACUUUUAUAAUUAUUUUUCAGGAAUGUUUUCGUGAACGCUGUCAAUCAAUAAGAAUGAUAAACAGAGUAAAAUCAUUUUUGCCAAAAAACUGUUUGAAUCUUCUGUAUAAUUCCCUGUGCAUUCCGUUAAUAAACUACUGCAACAUUGUAUGGGCUUCAUCGUACCACACAUCAACCUUACCAAUAGAAACAUUAAUCAAAAGAGCAGUGGUCACACUCGAUGAGUUUCUGAAAAGAACUCUACUGUGGUCAUCCUGUCUUCUUCCUAUUGAUAUAAAGGGGAGAGAAUUCUUUUUUUCUCUUUUUUUAGAUUAA